AUGGCACAAAAGACAGAUUCACAUUCAGUUACUAAACGUCUACAGUCCGAGUUGAUGGGUCUUAUGAUGGCAGGAAUAACAGGAAUAUCAGCAUUCCCAAAUAGUGAUAAUAUAUUUAAUUGGGUGGGAACGAUUCAAGGAGCAUCAGGAACAGUGUAUGAGAAUUUAGAGUACAAGAUGUCAUUGCAAUUCCCAACCGAUUAUCCAUUCAAGCCACCUGUUGUCAAGUUUGAGACUGCUUGUUUCCACCCCAACGUCGAUGUACAGGGUAACAUCUGUCUCGAUAUUCUCAAAGACAAGUGGACACCAGUCUACAAUGUCAGAACGCUGCUACUGUCCAUCCAAUCAUUGUUGGGUGAACCAAACAAUGAAUCACCUCUAAACUCUUAUGCCGCCUCUAUCUGGGACAACCAAGUCGAAUACAAAAAGGUAUUGUUGAAAAAGUACCAAGAAGCUACCGGUCGUACCAUCACCGACACUUCUUCCACCUCCAAUACCACCUCUACUCCUUCAAUCACUGUAUAA